AGCCGGUACAUCAGCUUUCAACAAUUGAGCUCCACUGCGCUAAGGAGCUCAACGUGAUGUCAUUUGUACCGCAGCUGUCCCAAGCUUCAACCUCCGCCGCGAAUCAACUGGCAAUCCAAGAAGCAAUUGACCACGCGUGCCUCACACUUUAUCUGAACAGCCUUCGGCAAUGUCCUUCAGAGCUCCUAUCCGACGUAUCGCCCUCGCCAGGCCUGCUUUGGCUGCGCGAGGCUUCCACUCUACCCCUCGUGCUUUUGUCCGCGUUGGUCAAGAGAUUCCUAACCUUGACGUCCUUCUGGAGGACUCGCCCGGUAACAAGGUCAAUCUCGCGGAGGAGUUCAAGUCCGCCAAUGGAUACAUCGUUGGCGUUCCUGCUGCCUUCUCCGGAACGUGCUCCAGCAAGCACAUUCCCUCUUACAUCAACCACCCCAAGCUCAAGCAGGCUGGCCAGGUCUUUGUUGUAUCCGUCAAUGAUCCGUUUGUCAUGAAGGCUUGGAGUGAGCAGCUCGACCCCGCCAAGCAGACCGGUAUCCGAUUCCUUGGCGACCCUACUGGUGAGUUCACUAAGGCUCUAGACCUUGGCUUCGAGGCAUACGAGGUAUUUGGCGGUAUGCGAGGAAAGCGAUAUGCCCUCAAGGUGGAGGAUGGCAAGGUCAGCAAGGCAUACGUGGAGCCUGACAAUACUGGAAGCGCUGUCUCCAUGGCGGAGCAAGUGCUCGACUAGAUUUGUCUAUCUCUAUAAAUUGGAAUAGAGUGUCCCCUUGGUGUUAUCUUAAACACCCUAAGAGCAUCUCUUGAUCCAAAUAUAUCACUUCAGUACUCGUAGUACUUUAAAUUUCACUCGUCCAAAUUCUUUUUGGCUUUGACCACCCCUGUUGUCGUCAUGGCCUGCUCGUCUAAUCAUCUCGAUCCGCACAAAUAACGACCUCUUAGCAAAAUCCUUCCUUAAUCUUGACGCAUAUAGAUUCAACAUGAACAAAAGAGCACAGACUAACCUUGAUGAGACCUUGCUCGCGUCCACUCGUUUGGUCUGAGCCUUCUGUCCUGGAUUCAGAUAUGUUGCGAGGAAGGCCUGUGGGGGAGUUAGUUGUUUCACUUGUCCAGUGAUCUGACUGGUGGCGGCAUG